CUGCCUUGGCAACCACCUGAAACAUUAGUCGAGAAAACUUUUUGAAUUGACUCAAAAAACAAAUAGGAUAAACAAAAUAUAUAUCGAAAGGCAUGGACGGCUCAAUAGGCGAAAAUGCGGACCUGACGGGGGCGGAUGGUGAGGAGGAGGAUCUUAAUGACGAUUACAAUGUGUCCUUUAUGCAGGACAUCAUCACACUCGAACACUCCUUUGGCUACGACUGCAAGCGUCUGUUUAAUCUGAUUUCGGUAGAUGAUGACACAUUGCUCUUUGCAUCCGGCAACUUCUUGCAUUACUUUAGCAUCUCAAAGGGCGAGGUGACCUUUCGCGAGACCGUCUUUGGCUGCGGCAUUGGCUUUAUUGCCAAAAAUGAACGUCCCGAGUUUAGUCAUCUCUUUACUGUUGGUGAAAAUGGACCCAAGCCAACGAUCUUCAUCUACUCGUAUCCCUCUCACGAUAUCCACACAAAACUCUUGAAUGCAGCCAAAAAUUGCUUCACUGCCGGCUCCUACAAUUCGACCGGCGACCUCUUCGCGUCGCAGGCUGGCUAUCCGGACUUCAUUAUCACCAUUUGGCGCUGGCAGCAGGCGGAGGUGGUACUGCGUGCCAAAUCGUUUCAGAGCAAUAUACUUUAUGUGCACUUCUCCGAGUAUAAUCCUAUUUUGCUGUGCUCCGCCGGUCUUAGCCAUAUUAAGUUCUGGAAGAUGGCUAACACGUUUACGGGCUUAAAGCUGAAAGGAGAUCUGGGACGGUUUGGCAAAACGGACUUUAGUGACAUCUGUGCGAUGUAUAUGCUGCCCGAUGAGAAUGUCAUCUCGGGCAGUGAUUGGGGCAAUAUUCUCCUAUGGGAAGCAGGUCUCAUCAAAUUCGAGGUCUGUCGCAAGGGUCGCAAGCCGUGCCAUACGAAGCCCAUCACACGGAUCACCAUGUCGAAUGGAGAGGUCACAACCGUUGGCAUGGAUGGCUACGUGCGUGUCUGGUAUUGGGAAACAGUGGACUUGGCCGAUCCGCCGGAAGACGAUCUCUUUGUCGAAAUCGAUCCCAUCUAUGAGUUCAAAAUCUCCAACGUCGAGCUGCGCGCCAUGCAGAAAAUCAAACCGUUUGAUAAAAAAGAUUUCGGGUACUAUGCUCAGGAUGGACUGGGCGGAAUUUGGUUCUGCGAUAUCAAUACCUUUGAUGUGCCGAGACCACCCAAGCAGAUCUACUCCUGCGUGGGCGGACGCGUGCUGGCUGCCCAAAUGUCAGCCAUAUCGCCUCAUCUCUUAGCCCUCUCCGAGACUGGCAAGCUCUUCGUCUAUGAUUUCGAGCGACGCAAGUUGCUGUUGGACAAACAGUUCGCCUCGAAUGGUGUGGACAUACUUUGGCUCGACUCGCAGAUAUCCAGCUUUGGCACAGAGUUGAUUGCUGGAUUUGAAGACGGCAUACUGCGACAGCUCUUUCUCGAUCUCAGCAAUCCGAACAAGGCGUCCAUUCAGCUGAUACGCGCCUACAAGGCACACACAGCGCCCAUCACCUGCCUGGGGGUGAACCGUAUUAGCACACUCUUGGUCAGUGGAGCGAAGGACAAAACCAUGUUCAUCUAUCGUUUGAGCAACGAUGCCGAGAAGUUGGUCCAGCUGAACCCGCUUGGCUUUGUGGAAUUUAUGGCCGUGCCCAAUUGCUUCCACUGGCACCAGCAAGAGUCCUCGGUGGUGCUGUGUGGGUGCGUGACCGGCGAGGUCUAUGAGUAUAACAUACGCGUGAAUGUAACCGCAGCGGAGACAUAUCUGAGCUACAAUAUCACGGACCCGAGUCGCUUGCGCAGCACCCGCUUCGUCUCGGUGAAGAGUCGCAUACGGCGGGACUUGAGGCGCGAGAUGAUUAAAAAGCGCAAGGAUAAGAAAAAGGAGCGUAAGCUACGCGAAAUCGAAAAGCUGAAGAAGGCGAAUCCUGGCUUACAAAUCGAUUUGGAAAGCGCACUGGCCGAUUCGGAACCAGAGGAAGAGGAGGAGCCGCUCCACAUACCCGCCAUACCCAAUCGCGUCAUCUGGCUGCGCUACACGGAACGCAAUACCAUCUGGGUCUCCAUGGCGGGCUACGAUGCCGGCUACCUCUAUGAGCUUGACUUUGACAGUCCGGAGCCAAAGUACUGCACGCUGAUUGCGGAUGCGGACGACAUUGAAAUACACUGCUACUACAUCCUCGAAGAGUUCAUUCUGUUUGGUCUGAUGAACGGCAGCCUCCGCAUUAAUCACAUAAAUUCGGAGAACUUCACAGAUCUGUCCGACUAUCGCACGUAUCCGAUGCACGAUGCCCUCAAAGGCACCAUUCCUGCUAUAUUAAGCAGCUACAAUGGCGAAUAUCUGGUCACCAUUGGGUUCGACGGCAACAUCUUUCUGUACAAGUGGAAUGGGCCGAAGUAUGUUCGCAGUUCACUGUGGUCGAAGUUGCCGGGCUUGCCCAGUCCAAGAACUGUGGAGGACAUUACCGAUCCGGAGGAGCCGUCGCUGGAGCAGGUAAAGAUCAAUGCGGAGCUAAAACGUCAGCAGGAAGCAGCCGAGGCACACGAUCGUGAUGUUCUAGCCAAGAUUGGGUUACUGCAGUCCACAUACUUCGACAUCAUCAAGAAGAAUGAUGAGCUACCACCAGGCUUACGUGUGUCGGACAAAGAGUUGCUGCUUGAUCCGCGCAUCACGCAACAAAUCCGGGACGAGCUGCAGGCCGAGCUUGACGAUGUGCGUGAGGAUCUCGCCUAUGAUCUGGAGGUUGCCCAGGUCGGUCACCAGAAGCUCUACAAUCAUUUUCUCAAGUGCUUGGAGCAUAUACCCUUUACUGUUACGCCGCUCUACGCCAACAUAGAUCCCGUAUGCACAUUUCGCGUGGAGGCUUUGGGCGAGGACUUUGAGCAAAUCAAGCGCGACAUUGAGGAACGGCUUAGGAUGGAACACGAUAUGCGCUUUACCGAAAUGGUAGCCUCUGACGAAAAGGAGGAUAUAAUGGGCGUACCACCCACUGAGACGUUCUUCUUUGGCCGAGAGCCACAGGCAAUUACGCCACGUUUUAGCAGAAAGAUGAUGCGUUUGCUGCAUCGCUAUCGAGAUAGGCAAAUGUACGAGGUGCGCCGCAUAUUCGAUUGGGAGAAGCUGGAGCGCCAGAAGCCCGAUCCGAAUCGCAAUCAUCCCGACGACGAUGCCGAGAUAGCGGCCGCAAUGCGAAAUCUGGGUGACUAUAAGCUAAAGAUUGGUGACGAAUAUGAGCCAAAGACCACGGAUAACCUGACGGCCAAGUAUAUUGAGAUUGUUAAAUGCAGAGAGGAAUACUUCAAUAUGCUCGACAAGUACAACCAUCGGGUGAGAUCGCUGAGGGAACGCAAAAAGGCGAUAAUGCACAACAUCGCCAAGCGUCGUACACGAUUACAGCAAAUACACCAAUAUCUGCCGGAGACGAAUCGUAUGAACAUGCGGCAGAUCAAUGAGAUUGACAUCGAAAACGAGUAUCCAGAGACGAAUCUCAUCGAGCACUUUACGCCCGGUUGCGGUAUUAACGUGGAUGAUAUACUCAGCUUGGAUGUUACCGUUGACGAGCUAAUAGCCGCAAAGACCCCACAAGUUACCGUCUCGCAAGUUAGUCUUUACGAUAUGGAUAACUACGCCAACGCGGCAAUGCGUGAGCAGAUCAAAUUCAAGGCGCUCCAGAUCAGCAAGUUGUCGAGUACAUUGCCACCGACCGAAAUGCUCCAGUAUAUAGAGAGCCUACCCUUGAACACAGAUCCAAUUUACUACGAGUUAGAUGAAGAGGGCAACGGACCCCUGAUCCAGGAGAUGAGACAUCGCUGGCUACGCGUUCUGGUUGUCGAGCAGUUGCUUAUGCUGGCCGAUGUCGAUGAGGAGAUACGCCUGUUCGAUUUGUCCUUGGAGAAGCUGCAGUCCGAACGCAUUAAUAUCAAAAUGAACGCCGAGUUUCUUUCUUCUUAUCUGAUCACGCUCAAUCAGGAGCUCUACAUACUGCGCGACAGCGAGGAGAUCGAGACACAACUACUCAUGAAUGCCAAGCACGCCAUGAGCACACGCAACGAGCUGCAACUGGUGAUCAAUGCAACCAAUCGACAGCUGGAGGACCUGCGCAAGAACAUAGAAAAACUCAAUGACCAAAUUGUGGCACUGCAGCAGAACUUCCUCAUCACGGUGAAAGGGCACAAGUUCUAUGAUUUUUUGCGACGCAUCUUCAAGAAAAAAUGGCGUCCGCCGAAGCGUGUACAUGGCGACGACGAAGAAUCAUCUUCGUCCUCUUCCUCGUCGUCGUCUAGUGAGGAUGGCGCCGCCGAUGCUCAAAGCAUUGACUCUUUGGACGUAACCACAAUACGGCUGGACGAGGCCACUUGUCCCAGCGGCUUGGAUCGCUCCGUCUACGAGUGGUCCUUCGCAAUGCGCGCAGAUCGUCAUGCCCUCGAGCGCACCUUGGCUGAGUGCCAUCGUGACGUGGAGCGCAAACGUCGUGAGAUUGCCGAAAUGCAGACCAAAAUGAAGUACCACGAGGAGGUGUACCAGCGGGAGAAGAAUACGCUGCUCGAGUUUCGGCGCAACAGGCAGCACGAGAUCAACAAGGUGCAGAUCAGCACGAUUCUGCGCAUGGAUCAGCUGCAGCAUUUUCGAGAGGGCGAGGACUACAGGGAUGUCUCCAAUGCCAUUCUCUUCGAUGCUGACAUUCUGGUGGAGCUGCGUCGACGUGCCGAGAAGCUGCAUGAAGAGACGUUAGCUACGAAACGCUGGCAUCGCAUCAACUUCAUUCACUUGCGUCGCAUGACUCGGGAUAUUAAGUUCAUGAAAUUCGAGAUAACGCGCCUGGAGGAGGAGAUCAAGCAGGCCAUGAUGAAACGCUUCGGACUGAUCAUCAAUCUGGAUGAGCUGGAAGAGGAGGUGUUGCGACGCUACAUCUUCGAUCUGGAGACAACGGCCGAGGAGGAGAUGCGAGCCCUCGAAAAGGAGCUGCGCAGAAGGCAGCUUGAGCUCUCGCGCUGCGAGGAGGAACUGGUGCAGGAGACGCAGAACAACACGGAGAAGGUGAACAUACAGACGGUGCUGCGGGAGCAGAAGAUCGUGUUGGACGUCCUGCUAGAUAUCCAGGAGCGCAAUUAUAACAAAUGGGCUAAUCCACAAGUGCUUAAUCUUAGCUACGACAUCGAGAAGCUAAUGGGCAUUGACAAUCAGCUGCUGCAGCAAAUCGAGAGUUUGGAACGUGAGAUCUGUACGCUACGCCUGAAAGCCAAGCCACUGCAGAUCAACGAGCUUUUUCCGCAACAGACGGAUGUCGUCACCACGGAGAUUUUGCCGAUGGAUGCGGAGAUAUGUCCUGCCAUACUCAAUGUGGACGCAUAUAUGCUGCCACCGAUGCCGGAUGAGUUUAUCAUGGAUCGCGUUCACACGAUCGUACAGAAGAACUUCAAUCAUCUGCUCGGCCGACAUACAACGGCAGAGAACGUGAGAAAAUUCGCGCAAAGAUCUUCGCUUUAUCUUUGCCAGGCGGCGUACAACUUCCAGGGCAUGUAUACGGAUCGCAUAGCCGAGUGCAUCACGGAGCACCUGGAAACUAUUGUGCCAAAGAAAUACUUCAUACACAUCAGCGCCGAGGAUCUUCGCAAGCUUUUCAAAGAGGUGAUUGCCGUCUUUGACUAUGAACGCUCCGAUGUGAACACCGAAGAAUUGAUCUCGGGCAUCUUUGAUCAUGCAAAGGAUUCGCUUUGCGGUCGUCCUGCCUCUGAGGUGGUCAAUCGCACCCAGUUCCUGGUGCUGCACAUAUUCAAAGAGCUGAUCGAGGUGCUACCUUUCGAAGAGUUCCAGGCAGAUGAAACGAUACGAAUUAUUGUGGACAUACUGGAGCGCGAGCCCAUGAUAGAUCCACGUGCCAUCAACAUCGAAGAGCUGAUAGAAAAUACGCUGCGCUAUGCCCGUGAGAAUCUGCUGGAUGAUAUUACGGCGCUGCCCAUCCGCAAGCUGGGCUGCGACAUACAGAAGGAGCUGCUAAAGAGGCGCCAGUACAAGCAACCCAAUUGCCAAUCUCCGCUGGCAGUGAGAAUUGCCAGCAAGAAGCCCCCAUCAAGUACAGGAUUACCAUUUUAAGGCAAGAUCCGCAAGAUUCCGGACUCCUCUUUCAUCUUUUCUGCCUGUUGUAAACCAAAUACAGAAUCUAUCUGACUAUUCUAUUGAUAUAGAACGCGUUAACAAUUUGCUACAGGAUUGAAGUCGUUGCCAAUUAGUGAAUUGAGGGUUCCAAUGCACUCUGAUUGGACAGCAAUAAUAUAUCCCAUUACUAAAAGGAUUGAAGUGCCACACCGUAUACGGGACUUCUUUUUGAAGGCUCGGUAGAAGAAAUCUACAUUUAUUUUGUUCUAC